UAACUAAUAACAGUGGUCAUUCUUUUAUUUUUUUUUUUUUAUUUUUCUAAUGAAAUGUGCAAUUAGAUCUCUGAAGAACAUAACUUUUGCACAAAUAUGUAUAAAAAUCUUCCUUUUGAUCCUUUGUUAUUUACAUUUUUCCAGAAACCACAAGCUGUUAUCUCUGUGUUUUGRCUUCUUUAGGUGGUUAACAAGCCAGACAGCCAUGGUGGAGGUCUGGACUGGACAAAGAUCUGUGAGAAAUCGUCAAAGGUCAUCACCUUUAUUGACCUGGCCGGUCAUGAGAAAUAUCUAAAGACUACUGUCUUUGGCAUGACGGGACACCUACCUGAUUUCUGCAUGCUAAUGGUUGGCAGUAAUGCUGGUAUAGUGGGCAUGACCAAAGAGCAUCUUGGUCUGGCUUUAGCCCUAAAUGUGCCAGUAUUUGUGGUGGUUACUAAGAUAGAUAUGUGUCCAGCUAACAUCUUGCAAGAGACGUUGAAAUUAUUACAGAGGUUAUUAAAGUCACCAGGUUGCAGGAAAAUCCCAGUUCUGGUUCAAAACAAGGAUGAUGUCAUCGUCACAGCCUCCAACUUCAGCUCAGAGAGGAUGUGUCCAAUUUUCCAGAUCUCAAAUGUAACCGGAGAGAACAUGGACCUGCUGAAGAUGUUCUUGAAUCUUCUCUCUCCUAGAACCACGUACAACAAUGAYGAGCCUGCAGAGUUUCAAAUAGACGACACAUACUCAGUACCAGGUGUGGGCACAGUCGUUUCAGGCACUACGUUACGUGGAUUGAUACGACUAAACGACACGCUGCUUUUAGGCCCAGACCCACUCGGCGUCUUCAUCCCCAUCACUGUCAAGUCCAUCCACCGCAAGAGGAUGCCCGUCAAAGAGGUUCACGGAGGACAAACRGCAUCAUUUGCACUAAAAAAGAUCAAAAGAGCAUCAAUAAGAAAAGGAAUGGUGAUGGUCUCCCCAAAGCUGCAGCCUCUGGCCACCUGGGAAUUUGAGGCUGAGAUCUUAGUGCUGCAUCAUCCCACCACGAUAUCACCGAGAUAUCAGGCUAUGGUGCACUGUGGCAGCAUCAGGCAAACCGCCACCAUCCUGUCAAUGAACAAAGAUUGUCUGAGGACAGGGGACAAGGCUUCAGUCCACUUUCGCUUCAUUAAGACGCCCGAGUACCUGCACUGUGAUCAGAAGCUUGUGUUCAGGGAGGGGCGUACCAAAGCCGUCGGCACCAUCACUAAGCUACUCCAAUCAGUGAGCACCCAGGCUGCCAAGGCGCAGCUGUCCAAGUCUCAGGCUAACAAAAAGAUUUUCGGCGAGGACGCCGCAUCGGCAGCGCGGCCGCAAAGUCCAACCUCCCUGCAGUCAUCACAGAUGAAAUCUGGAGGUGGAGGACGUCGGCGAGGAGGGCAGAGACAUCGAGGGAAAGGUCUAAAUGCUGCAACGGUUUCUCCAGCUGUGUCUACUGGAGCAACAGGCACAGCUUAAGAGCACAACCUUUAGAGUGUCCUCAACCAGUUAUUGUCUUCAUCAUUGCUCAUCAUCGCCUCUAAAACCAAGAAGAAAUGUCUGACCACCUGCUAGCUGCACCUGGUCCUGUGUCCUGUCCUGGCUUCUUUCUUUUAUGCAAAAAAAAGGAAUUAUUUGAAACAUGCGACUCCUGCACCACAUGAAGUCAGUGGUCAGAUUUAUUGGUGUAUUUUCCUGUAAACCGUAAAAGAUGACACUGAUUUAUAAAUUGAUUUGAGUUUGAAGUUGGUGUCAGUUCUGUUUUAACAUCAAUCUUUUGUGCUUUUCCUGCUCAGCCUUUAGCCUGCCAAACUUUUUCUUUUUAUUGCUUUCCUGUGUUUUUGUGGCCAUCUUAUUGUCACAAUCACAACCCAUUUAAAAAAGAUGCAUUUUUUUCAAAAUGAUUUCUUAAGUUCUUUGAAAGUGAAUGCUUAAAUUUGCAUUCAUUUGACUUGAAGGUGAGCGAGUGCCAAACUUUUUGACUCAUGGUGAUUGGAUGUAGCUGCAGUGUUUAUUUACGUAUUUACUUUGCUACAAUUUGACUUGAUCUAAUGGAAAUUGUGUUAAACAUAGAAAUAUUGUGGCCAUUUUAUGGAAAAUGCAUUCAUGUUUGGAAAAACAUAUGGGUUUGGGAGUGCCAGGUGUUUCUGCUAUAGUUUUAAUAGUUUUAUACUAAAGCAUUUCUGAAAGAUUUAGUACAUAGUUUUCACAAAAAGAGGUAAAAUAAACAUUUUGAGUAUUUUCUACUUGCAUUUUUGCAUGUUUUAAAUUUUGUAAUUCCGUAUUUUUGUAUUUCAUCUUAAAAACGAGGGCAGAGACCCUUGAGYGAAGUUUUAUUUAGUUUUCAGUGAUAACAAUAAUUAUAAAAUGCUUAAGUAUAGAAAUAUUUUACUAGUAUGAUGCAGAAUUCCUGUAUGUUAAAUACCAACGAAGAACAAUUCAAUCACAUUCUUUGGCGAUACCUUUUUCUUUUUUUCCCCCCAAGAUAAGUGAAUAGGUGUAAAAACAAGUUAAACUUUUGGGAUCAAAUACAUCACAAACUGUCUCAUAAUCAGAGACCUUGAAUAAUUAUGGUACAUAAAAUCAAUCAUUUUGUUUUUUCAGGUCUUUUAGUUAUGGGCUAAAUUUUAUUAGAGUAACUUUAUCCCACUGUGUCUUCAUGACAACUUGAGAACAUUAAGAAGGCAACACAAAUUAUAUUUACCAUUUACAUUUUUUUCUACUAUUGGAAUUUGUUCAAGGAAAUCAAAGAUUGUGUUAUAUGGAUUAUGAAAAUGUUGAACUGACAAUAUAUCCCCCCCACCCCUUUAGAUUGUGGAUUAAGUUUUUAGAGGCACAUGUAUCUUUUUAUGUAUAAAAAUGCAAUUUCUGCAAACGAAGUAUAAAAUAAAUGCCAGUGGAGUUGGUUUUGUGUUGUAAAACCCUUUAAAUAAAAGAUUGUUUUUUUCACAGCA